GUGACAGCCGCUGGCCAUGGCGGCCGGGCCGCCUCUGGAGCACGAGACGCAGAUCUUCCUGGAUCUCUUCCACCAGGACGGACUGGUCAUCUGCGCGCGCGGGCUGGGCGUCGACCGCCUGCUCCUGCGCUUCCUUCGCCUCUACUGCGAGCCCAGCCGGCUGGUUCUGGUGCUGAACACCAGCCCUGCGGAGGAGGAGUAUUUUAUUGACCAGUUAAAGACUGAUAACGUGGCUUAUCUUCCUCGGCGUGUUACAAAUGAAAUUGUCAGCAGCAGCCGCUAUGAAGCUUACACCCAAGGGGGAGUUAUUUUUGCCACUAGCCGAAUUCUGGUGGUGGAUUUUCUGACAGACAGGAUUCCUGCAGAUCUUAUCACUGGAAUUCUGGUGUACAAAGCCCACAGAAUCAUUGAGUCUUGCCAAGAAGCUUUUAUCUUGCGGCUCUAUCGCCAGAAGAACAAGCAAGGUUUCAUCAAAGCCUUCACAGAUAAUGCGGUUGCUUUUAACACUGGCUUUUGUCACGUGGAAAGAGUCAUGCGAAACCUCUUUGUAAGGAAGCUGUAUCUCUGGCCAAGGUUUCAUGCUGUGGUACACUCCUUUUUAGAGCAACACAAACCUGAAGUGGUGGAAAUACACAUCACCAUGACUUCAGCCAUGCGCGCCAUCCAGAGUUCCAUAUUGGACAUCCUGAAUGCAUGUCUGAAAGAACUGAAGCAGUGCAACCCUGCUCUGGAAGUGGAGGAUCUGUCGUUAGAAAAUGCCAUUGGGAUGGCUUUUGAAAAGACAAUUCGUCACUAUUUAGAUCCUCUUUGGCAUCAGCUUGGAACCAAGACCAAAUCUCUGGUCCAAGAUUUGAAGAUCCUCCGUACGUUGCUACAGUACUUGACUCAGUAUGAUUGCGUCACUUUCCUUCAUCUUUUGGAGUCUCUAAGAGUGUCGGAAAAAGCUUUUGGUCAGAAUUCAGGCUGGCUUUUUCUUGAUUCUAGUACAUCAAUGUUUCUGAAUGCUCGGAGCAGAGUUUAUCGCCUUCCAGACAAUAAUGCGAGUAAGAAAAAAAAAGCCUCUGAAAAAACAGAUGUAAAAGAAGCAAAAGAACAGAAGAGGGAAUUGGUCCUGGAAAGCAAUCCAAAGUGGGAUGCCCUCGGAGAAGUGCUGAAGGAGAUUGAAGGGGAGAAUGCCAACAGUGAAGCCCUGGGUGGGCCAGGGCGAGUGCUUAUUUGUGCCAGCGAUGACCGUACUUGUGCUCAGCUCAAGGAAUAUAUCACGAUCGGGCCCAAAGCUUAUUUAACAAAGCUCUACAACAAAACCUUUGGGUUGGAUAAGGAAGCUAGUGGAAGCUGCCUGAAGAACAGGAGAGAAGCUAAGCGCCAUGACAAGAAUGCCAGAGAACCACCAGCCAAAAAAGCAAAAACAGAAUCCUCCAAACCAAACAAGAGAAAGAAAAAGGCAGAGUUAACUCUAACACAAAUGUUAAACAAAGAAGAGCAGGAAAAUAUCAAGGGAGAACAAGAAGAUUCUGAGGGCUUCAGCAGUAGCCAGGAGAGCAAUGGUGAAAGAUCAGAAGAUCUCCAAUUAAAGCUGUCAUCCUCAGAUGCCUAUUAUGGUAUCCUAAAGGAACCACUAACUGUUAUCCAUCCUUUAAAUGGGUGUGGGGACCCUUAUGCCCUCACAUCCGUCCUGCAUGAGGUGGAACCAAGAUACGUUGUGUUGUAUGAUGCAGAGCUGACUUUUGUUCGUCAGUUGGAAAUUUACAAAGCUAGCAGGCCAGGAAAGCCUUUGAGAGUUUAUUUCCUUGUUUAUGGAGGAUCAACUGAAGAACAGCGCUACCUUACGAUGCUAAGGAAAGAAAAGGAAGCCUUUGAAAAACUCAUUCGAGAGAAGGCCAGCAUGGUAAUCCCCGAAGAAAGAGAAGGGCGAGAUGAAACCAACUUGGAUUUAGCAAGAGAUUCCACUCCAGCCACAGUUUCUAUUGAUACUCGCAAAGCAGGUGGCCAACACCAGAAGGCCGUGCAGCACAGUAUUGUGGUGGACAUGCGUGAAUUUCGCAGCGAGCUUCCAUCCUUGAUUCAUCGUCGGGGCAUUGACAUUGAGCCCGUGACGUUAGAAGUGGGGGACUACAUUCUCACACCUGAUAUCUGCGUGGAACGGAAGAGCAUCAGUGAUCUCAUUGGCUCUCUAAAUAAUGGGAGGUUGUACACUCAGUGCGUUUCUAUGUCUCGCUAUUAUAAGCGGCCCGUCCUCCUCAUUGAAUUUGAUCCCAAUAAAUCCUUUUCUCUCACUCCCCGGGGGUCUCUGUACCAAGAGAUCUCCAGCAACGAUGUUAUCUCCAAACUCACACUCCUUACCCUCCAUUUCCCACGACUCCGGCUCCUGUGGUGCCCCUCUCCGUAUGCCACCGCUGAAUUGUUCGAAGAACUGAAACAGAACAGGCCUCAGCCUGACGCAGCAACCGCUUUGGCGGUCACAGCCGAUUCUGAAAGCCUCCCUGAACAGGACAAGUACAACCCAGGUCCUCAAGACUUCCUGCUAAAAAUGCCUGGAAUAAAUUCCAAAAACUGCCAGGCCAUAAUGAAUCAUGUUAAGAGCAUUGCAGAACUUACCACCCUUUCUCAGGACAAGUUGGCAGAACUUCUGGGCAACGCUGCCAAUGCUAAGCAGCUCUAUGAGUUCAUUCAACUACCUUUGACAGAAGCUGUUUCUCAAGGGAAAACAAAGAGGUGAUGAUGUAUCACACAGGGCUUC